AUGAAUAAUGAAGAAGUAUUUGGUAUGACAAAAUGUUCAAAUUUGAUGAAGAAUAGUGACGAAGGUGUACAUAUAUUGCUUUCCUUCGUGACCCCCAAACGAUCCAUAAAUAGGACGGAACCUGCGGAACGCCAGCUGCUAAUAGACGAUGUUAGCUUCCGCAUCCCCCCCCCAACCUCGCCCUUUGAAAUUCAGCACCGCAAACUAACUUAUUCAUAUAGAAAUUUAAAUCGCCAGACACGUAUUCUAAGACGCCUUACAGCUUCGCUACGUGCACUGCGCAUUUACAACUUCCCCCCGCUUUCUCUCCCUGGUGCUGGUGUUUUUAAAGCCUACCUGGUCAAGACGCUCGUACAUCAUACUGUCAGUACAAUACAUCGAACCAGAUACCUCAGAAGCUCAGAUUUCUCAGUAGUUCUGAGCAAAGUCACUUAUCAGUUCUCCAUUCUGGUGCCCGUCGCCGAGACACCUACGUAUUGUUCCACCGGAUGGCUUCUGCUUCCUCCACCAAUCCCCGAAGUAUUCAGUAAUGAAACCUACUUACACACAGCGAUGUUGAGAGGUACUACCCACAGUAGGCUCUCAUUGACGCCGGCGGAUAGUAGUAUGUCUCUCGAGUCUGAUUCAUGUUCAAGCCAAGCCUCGACUCCCUUCGAUGCUAUCGUGCUCUCACUUUCAACACCAGCUUCGCUAAAAGCUGGGUUAAAACCGCAGUAUGGGACCGUACCACUAUUCUGGUUUCCUUCCUCCCAUGCAACCUAUUUGGCAAAAUUGAUCUACAUACAAUUUACUGUGACACCAACAAUUUUCAUCGCCGACGCCUUUCUCACUACCAUCACCGGCAUUUCCAUCCACGAUCUCUACACAAACCACUCUGGAAUACGUGUUGGAGUGAUACUGCUUCCUUGCUCAUCUAACAAUGAAAGAGUUUGGAGCAGCCUACGGAAACAGGAGAAGGAUAGAUCGUCUCAUCCGGUCGAAAUCAAUUCCAAGACUGUAUAUGCAGUUCUCAGACUACCCAAUGAGCUGGAAGCAUGCAGAUUGUCCAGAUAUGAGUUAGAGAUGAUGGAUGGCUUCCAGAUGGCCUUUUCAAGUGAACAUGAGUUCACGCAGUGCUGGAAAGAAACUCAUGCCAACAUGAACAUUUCUUUACCCUAUACUUCUAUCAGAAUACUUAGAACUCGGAGAAACGAUAUAGCGAUUGCUAGUACUGAAACGAUACUACCGCCCUCUGGAACUCUGAGAGACAAGACAGGAAAAAUUAGUGCUGAAAUGAUACCACUAAUUUGUAGGCUUAGACAGCUUGCACAGCCUACAAUCGCGACACUGGGUACCCACUUCCCAACUCUCUCUCCAGCCCCAGGCGUCAAGCCUGAAGUCCAGGGUUAA